AGCUUAGAAGAUUACGCCGGCAAAUACUUAACCCUAAAGCAUCACUAAAUUUAUUCCCAUUGUUGUUUGUCGUUUAUCUCUGCAAGUGCACAUGCCCCGAAAGACUUAAUCGUCUGUACACCUUAGCAUGAUACUUUUGGAGCGGCGAUUGUCAGAGUGGACAGAGUCGGAGUGAGUGGCUUUGGCACAACAGGCUUCAGCAUCAAGAGGCGGAGGCCAUCUGCAACAACACUGGUGAGCAGUUGGUAUGGAAACCUGCAAUCUUCCAACUAAAAAUACAGCAGAGGGUCUUGAACGAAUCAAAGAGGAAUAUAAAAAGGCAUUCAUCUUUAUAAAUAAAGGUCUCAGCGCAGAUGAAUCGGGUCAAAAAGAAGCCGCAAAGCAGUAUUACAGGCAAGGAAAGGAGCAUUUAAAUAAUGGAUUGCGUAUUCCAACAAAUAGUCCAGAAUGCAUAGGUGCUGAGUGGGACGCAGCUCGUCAAAUGCAAAAUAAAAUGAGUGCAGCACUAAAUAAUAUAUGUAUAAGACUGACUAUUUUGGAGCAUGAUGAAAAUCCAGCCGCAUCUAAUCAAUUAAACCAGCUGCCUGGAACUUCAGGGUCUAAUUACCCAAAAGCAGAGUCAAGGCUAUAUCCAGUUAUACCAGAGCCUUGCAAAGAGAAAUCUUCAAAGCCUCCGCCUGACUGUCAACCUUCUGCCAUGGAAGUGAGCAGAACUACAAAUGGAAACUCGCCCUGUACGGCUCCUAAUCUUUUAUCACUGGAUACUGCACCUGUAUCUAAUGAACUGCCCCCUGUAUACACACCAGAGGCUGUAGGUGGGCAUAUGACUCUUUCCUAUGGCACUGAAUCUGGUGAGAUUGCUGUUGUAGGUGACGACGUUUUUGGACAAAGGACCCAGCCCCAUUCAUUGGAACCGCUCGGUAUGGAUGCAUAUGAACUAAUUUUAAUUGAACAUGGUGUACAGAUUUUCUAUGUUACGCCUGAUGGACAAGUGAGUGCACCCUCGUAUCCUGGAUUUCUCCGUAUUGUGACAUUUUCAGAGAGAGGUACUGGUGCAGCACAAAGCAGACCACCUCCUUUUCUGCAGGUUUGUGAUUGGGUAUAUCCACUGAUACCUAGUCAGUCUCCUGUACUGCAGUGUAACAAUGGAGUCUACAUGUUUCCAGACAUAAUGUCACAAAAUCCUGAUGUCUAUGUUGGAGUGGUGUUAUCUUCAGAGCUGCCACCAUCAGACCGCAAACAUUUUGAAGACUUGUUGAAACAAAUGACUUAUUUGAAAGUUCAAGACCCCGAAGCUUCAGUUGAUGAAAUUAAUUUGAGUGAAACUGUGCCAAUGGAUCACGAAACACAAUCAAGUAACCAGGAGAAUGUUCUACCUGAGUGGAGUGAAAAAAUGGCCCGUGGAAUUUUAACAGGUGCAUCUUGGUUGAGCUGGGGUUUAGUUAAAGGUGCCGAAUUCACUGGUAAAGCAAUCCAGAAAGGAGCCACUAAACUGAGAGAGCACAUUCAGCCUGAAGAUAAACCUGCAACAGUCAGUCCCACUGUGCAAAAGGGACUAAGUGUUGCACGACAAGCAACAGGAGGGGCUGUAAAAGUCAGCCAGUUUUUGGUUGAUGGACUUUGUACUGUUGCUAGUACUGUUGGAAAAGGGCUUGCUCCACAUGUAAGGAAACAUGGAAGUAAACUUAUCCCUGAAUCUAUAAAAAAAGAUAAUGAUUCGAAAGCCAAACUGGAUGGGGCCCUUGUGGUGGCAGCAAGUGGAGUUCAAGGAUUUGCAACUGUCUGGAAUGGUUUAGAAUGUGCAGCCAAGUGCAUAGCCAAGAGUGUUGCAGCAGAGACCGUUCACACAGUGAAACACAAGUACGGUGCUGCUGCUGGGAAAGUUACAGAUAAUGCCGUGAACUCUGCCAUCAAUGUUGGUGUGACAGCUUUUAAUAUUGAUCAUCUGGGCAUCAAAGCGAUUGCACGACGCACUGCCAAGGAAACUGGAAAUGCUAUUCUCGAUGACUACAAAUUACAGGAGAAACAAGAAAAGCCAGUAAAAAAAUGAUUAAUUUCACCUUUUGAAUGUCUUAAAUUCAGCUGAUGAAACUGUAAAUUUUAACAUGCAACUCAACAGAUGCUAAUGCAACAGUAAUGUUUUGCAGAACUUUUGAUUUUCAACUAAUAUGCAGGUUGAUCUUGGAGACUGAAGAUCCUCUGGCACUUUGAAUCAAAUAGAUCUAAAUUAUUUUUGUGAUUGUCACAUUGGCUUUAUUUUAACAUGUUAACAAGGCAUGAAAACUCUGGGGCGUCUUGCCCUCUUCAGUUAUAUAGAGUACAACCUUGCUCUGUGAAGAAUAUAUAUAUAUAUUUUUUGUUUUCUUUCAUCUUUCCUCUUCAGAUUUCCCAUCUCAAUUUUGGAUCCUGAUUGAAUUAGAUGUGAAUUAGAAUGUGUUGUGAUGCAUAUAGAAAUUUCAGUAUUUGCUCAUUGGAUAUGAAAUUUUUGAUGUUGGGUGGGGAAUUUGAAAAGAAUACAGAGAAGUGAUUAUUUAAAAAGUAUCUUUCCUGCACUUGUGCCUAAAAGUGUGUAUCCAUGCUGCUACACUGAUUACGAGCUUUAUUUUGGAUGCAAACAGCUGUGGUUGAGUGAAAGAGAUAAUUGAUGUGCAUUUUGUACAGAGGAACAUUUUGAGAGUGAGAAUAAAUCCAAUUAACAGCACUGGUAUCUUAGUCUUGUAUGAGUAUGUUCAAAGCACAACCUUUAUGUUGUAGUAAAGCAAGUGACUGUGAAACAGGACAUUUUUUCUGCACUGAUAACAAAAAUAAUUUUGCCCGUCAGGUCAUACCAGUGACCAAAGCUACCCAAUAUUGAGGUAAGAGAAAGUAGUAUUUUCAAAGUUGGUCUGGUAGAGUUGGCUUCAAAUGCUAAUCUUUAGUGGAAGAAGUUAACUUUGUUGUCAUAUUUGUAAUUAUUUCUUAAAAUUGCAAGAAACUUGAUUGUACCAUUUGUAAUCUGUAAAAUGGUGCUAGAAUGAGUUAUCACAUUUAGUUCUCACAAAUUUACAUGUACUUAAUUUGUCGAUUGGGAGCGAGAGGUGAGCGAGUGGAAUCAGCUGAGGAGUACCGAACAGAAGUUUUUUUUUCCCUAACGGUUCAGGAAUAGUGGGGAGUAACUGCACAGGCAUGUGAUGUCAGUCGGUAGUGCGUGAAUAGUUUAAAAAGACAGCCAUAUCCAGUGGACAGCGUCGGAGCGGGCAGCGGAGUGAGGGGGAGUAGAGUGAUUGGGCUUUGGCUUAAGGGGCUUAGGUGGUAAAGGGGUGAGAAGGGGUAAGUGAUUUGAGGAAAGGAGGUAGAAUGAGUGCAGUUUUUUUGUGCUCGGUGUCAGAUGUAGAAGGUCCUGGAGUCUCUCAGCCUCCAGGACGGCCACAUCUGCACCCGGUGUGUCAAGCUGCAGCUACUAAGGGACCGUGUUAGGGAACUGGAGAUGCAGCUCGAUGACCUUCGUAUGGUCAGAGAAUGAAGAGGUGAUAGAAAGGAGUUAUAGGCAGGUGGUCACACCGGGGCCAUGGGGGUCAGUCAGGAGGGGGAAGGGGAAGAGACAGAUUCUAGAGAGUACCCCUGUUGCUCUACCCCUUGACAAUAAGUACACCUGUUUGAGUACUGUUGGGAGACAGCCUACCUGGGGGAAGCAACAGUGGCAGUGCCUCUGGCACACAGAGUCCGGCCUGUGCCUCAAGAGUAGGGAAGGAGAGAGGAGGGCAGUAGUGAUAGGGGACUCUAUAGUUAGGGGGGCAGACAGGCGAUUCUGUGGAUGCAGGAAGGAAACUCGGUAGUUUGCCUCCCAGGUGCCAGGGUCCGGGAUGUUUCAAAUCGCGUCCAAGAUAUCCUGCAGAGGGAGGGAGAACAGCCAGAGGUCGUGGUACAUAUUGGUACCAACGACAUAGGUAGGAAAAGGGAAGAGAUCCUGAAAAAAAGACUAUAGGGAGUUGAGAAGCAGGACCGCAAAGGUAGUAAUUUCAGGAUUACUGCCUGUGCCACGCGACAGUGAGUAUAGGAAAAGAAUGAGGUGGAGGUUAAAUGCGUGGCUGAGGGAUUGGAGUGAGGGGCAGGGAUUCAGAUUUCUGGAUCAUUGGGCCCACUCUUGGGGCAGGCAUGACCUGUACAAAAAGGAUGGGUUGCACUUGAAUCCCAAGGGGAUCAAUAUUCUGGCAGGGAGGUUUGCUCAGUCUACUGGGGAGAGUUUAAACUAGAAUUGUUGGGGGGUGGGAUCCAAACUGGAGAGACUUGGGAAGAGGUGUUUGGCUCUAAAAUAGAGAAAGCUUGUAGUCUGUAUGAGAGGAAGGAUAGGCAGCUGAUAGAGAAGGGACGUGCUCAGACAGAUGGUUUGAGAUGUGUCUAUUUUAAUGCAAGGAGUAUUGUGAACAAGGUGGAUGAGCUUAGAGCUUGGAUAACUGCUUGGAGCUACGAUGUGGUGGCCAUUACAGAGACUUGGAUGGCUCAGGGACAGGAAUGGUUACUUCAGGUGCUGGGUUUUAGAUGUUUCAGAAAGGACAGGGAGGGAGGCAAAAGAGGUGGGAGUGGCACUGUUGAUCAGAGAUAGUGUCACGGCUGUAGAAAAGGUGGAUGUCAUGGAGGGACUGUCUACGGAGUCUCUGGGUGGAUGUUAGGAACAGGAAGGGGUCAAUAACUUGGUGUUUUUUUUAUAGGCGUCCAAUAGUAACAGGGAUAUCAAGGAGCAGAUAGGGAAGCAGAUCCUAAAAAGGUGUGAUAAUAACAGUUGUUGUGAUGGGAGAUCUUAAUUUCCCAAAUAUCGAUUGGCAUCACCAUACAGUGAGGGGUUUAGAUGGGGUGGAGUUUAAGUGUGUUCGGGAAUGAUUCUUGACAGAAUAUGUAGAUAAGCCUCCAAGAGAGGCUGCGCUUGAUUUGGUAUUGGGAAAUGAACCUGGUCAGGUGUCAGAUCUCUCAGUGGGAGAGCAUUUUGGAGAUUAGAAUUAUGAUCACUAUCUCCUUUACGAUAGCAUUGGAGAGAGAGAGGAACAGACAGACUAGAAAGGCGUUUAGUUGGAGUAAAGGGAAUUAUGAGGCUCUCAGGCAGGAAAUUGGAAGCUUAAAUUGGGAACAGAUGUUCCCAGGGAAAAGUACGGAAGAAAUGUGGCAUAUAUUCAGGGGAUAUUUGUGUGGAGUUAUGCGUAGGCAUGUUCCAAUGAGACAGGGAAGUUACGAUAGGGUACAAGAACCGUGGUGUACAAAGGCCAUAAUAAAUCUAGUCAAAAGGAAAAGAAAAGCUUAAAAAGGUACAGAGAGCUAGGUAAUGUUAGAGAUCUGGAAGAGUAUAAAGCUAACAGGAAGGAGCUUAAGAGGGAAAUUAGGAGAGCCAGAAGGGGACAUGAGAAGGCCUUAGCGGGCAGGAUUAAAGAAAAUCCCAAGGCAUUCUACAGUUAUGUGAAGAGCAAGAGAAUAAGAUGCGAAAGAAUAGGACCUAUCAAGUGCAACAGUGGGAAAGUGUGUAUGGAUCUGGAAGAAAUAGCAGAGGUACUUAAUGAAUACUUUACAUCAGUAUUCACUACAGAAAAAGAUCUGGGUGAUUGUAGUGACAACUUGCAGCAGGCUGAAAAGCUUAAGCAAGUAGAUAUCAAGAAAGAGGAGGUGAUGGAACUCUUCGAGAGCAUCAAGUUGGAUAAGUCGCCGGGACCUGAUGAGAUGUACCCCAGGCUGCUGUGCGAGGUGAGGGAGGAGUUUGCAGAGCCUCUGACGAUGAUCUUUGCAUCAUCAAUGGAGAUGGGAGAGGUUCCAGAGGAUUGGAGGGUUGCAGUUGUUGUUCCAUUAUUCAAGAAGGGGGUGUAGAGAGAGCCCAGGAAAUUACAGACCAGUGAGUCUUACUUCAGUGGUUGGUAAGCUGAUGGAGGAGAUCGUGAGGCAGGAUUUAUGAACAUUUGGACAGGUAUAACAUGAUUAGGAAGUGUCAGCAUAGCUUUGUCAAGGGCAGGUCCUGUCUUACAAGCCUGAUUGAAUUUUUUGAGGAUGUGACAAAACACAUCGAUGAAGGGAGAGCAGUAGAUGUAGUGUAUAUGGAUUUCAGCAAGGCAUUUGAUAAGGUACCCCAUGCAAGGCUUAUUGAGGAAGUAAGGAGGCAUGGGAUCCAAGGUGAUAUUGCAAUGUGGAUCCAGAACUGGCUGGCCCACAGAAGGCAAAGAGUGGUUGUUGAAGGGUCAUAUUCUGCAUGGAGGUCAGUGACCAGUGGUGUACCUCAGGGAUCUGUUCUGGCACCCUUACUCUUUGUGAUUUUUAUAAACGACCUGGAUGAGCAAGUGGAGGGAUGGGUUAGUAAGUUUGCGGCUGACAAAGGUUGGAGGUGUUGUGGAUAGUAUAGAGGGUUGUCACAGGGGGACAUAGAUAGGAUGCAAAGCUGGGCUGAGAAGUGGCAGGUGGAGUUCAACCCAGAUAAGUGUGAAGUGGUUCAUUUUGGCAGGUCAAAUAUGAUGGCAGAGUAUAGUAUUAAUGGUAGGAUUCUAGGCAGUGUGGAGGAUCAGGGAUCUUGGGGUCUGAGUCCAUAGGAUGCUCAAAGCAGCUGCACAGGUUGACUCUGUGGUUAAGAAGGCAUAUGAUGUAUUGUCCUUCAUCAAUCGUGGAAUUGAAUUUAGGAGCCGAGAGGUAAUGUUGCAGCUAUAUAGGACCCUGGUCAGACCCCACUUGGAGUAGUGUGCUCAGUUCUGGUCACCUCACUACAGGAAGGAUGUGGAAGCCGUAGAAAGGGUGCAGAGGAGAUUACAAGGAUGCUGCCUGGAUUGCGGAGUGUGCCUUAUGAAAGCAGGUUGAGGGAACUAGGCCUUUUCUCCUUGGAGCGACGGAGGAUGAGGGGGGACCUGACAGAGGUAUAUGAGAGGCAUUGAUCAUGUGGAUAGUCGGAGGCUUUUUCCCAGGGCUGAAAUGGUGGCCACAAGAGGACAUAGGUUUAAGGUGCUGGGGAGUAGGUACAGGGGAGAUGUCAGGGGUAAGUUUUUUUUUACUCAGAGUGGUGAGUGCAUGGAAUGGGCUACUGGCAACGGUGGUGGAGGCGGAUAUGAUAGGGUCUUUUAGGAGACUUUUGGAUAGGUACAUGGAGCUGAGAAAAAUAGAGGGCUAUGGGUCUCUAAGGUAGGGGCAUGUUUGGCACAGCUUUGUGGCCCAAAGGGCCUGAAUUGUGCUGUAGGUUUUCUAUAUUUUAACUAUAACUGAGAAAGGUGAAGACUGGACAAAUGUUACUGCUUCCAUCUUAAGUUUACUGAUUAAACAAUAACUAUAAGCACUGCUUCUGUAGAAUAACCUUUCACUUGUAUCUUGUGCUUUAAACUCUCAACAACCUUAUCUUCAAUUAAAGUGCCUUUGUUUGAACCAUGCUACACCAUGUAGAUGUAUUUGUAUAAUUUUUUAUUUAAAUAUAAGUUACUAAUAGAUUUGAAUAAAGUUAAUUCUGUGUAUAUAAAGAAUGAUACCCCAAAUCUGCUUACCUUUGA